AAAAUCUGAAGAUAAAAUUGUAAAAUUUGCUCUAAUAUCAUAAAAUCUCCAAAUAGAGUCUAGCUUACAAGAUCAUGAUUUAUAUCUAAAAUCUAUGCUCAAUUUACAAGAUGGCUAGCCUUCUAACUCGUCACUCCCCUCGUUUUUCCCCGUCCUUGACUUCGCUUCCUAAAAUAGUGGACAAGGAAAAACUAUGAGAUAACUCAGUAAGUAAAUAUGGAUAGCCCUUAAUUAAACUUAUAGCAUGCCAACCAGUAUAAUCACGAAAAACAGGCAGUUAUAUGCUUACGGUUGAAGCAUUGACUUGGUGGGAGAGUUACUUGAAGCUACACCAAGGAGAGCCUGCAUUGAGCACCUGAGAUGAUUUUAAAAAGGUGUUUAUGCGAGAGUACAUACUCAAUAGCAAAAGGCGUGAGCUGUAAAGGGAAUUUGCAAAUCUUAAACAAGGGUCACGUACUGUUGAGCAGUACAAGAAGGAGUUUGACCAUUAUCUGCCUUUUGUGGGUAGUCAAAUCGAGGAUAAGCAAGCCAAAACUGAUAGAUUUUUAUGGGGCUUGAAUCCUGACGUUUAUCUGGCGGUGAAUCAAUUCAAACUCGCCACUUAUAGAGAGGUGGCAGAUAGAGCCAUAGAUUAGGAGAAGGCUAUGGCUAGAGUCAAGACACUAGAUCCGCCAAAAGUUGGGUCGUCCCUUGGGAAGAGAAAAUUUGAUGGGAGUCGUAGACCCUUUAUCCCUACACCGCCUAAGUCUGAUACUGGCAAGGGUUUUAAAGGGCUAAGGGUUGCCAAGACUGGUGCACAGAAACAAAAUACCUGGGUUAGGAUAAGAGCCCAGCAGGCCAGAGUGCACGUGAUGACUCACAAGGAAGCUAUGGCUACCGACGUAAUCAUGGCCUUAUCUAUUGAUACCUCUGAUUUUGAACUGUGUGUGAACACCCCUUUAGGAGGGGUGAUGACUACUGGAGAUCUGUCAAAAUAUUUUGCCUCUAUAGACUACAACCGUAAAUGGGUAAUUUUUAAUAUUCUUGGGGAACCAGAAUUUAGUUUCCAAGGCAGUGGUUCCUUUGCUCCACCCAUGCUGAUAUCGGCCUUGCAGGCUCAAAAAUAUCUCAUAAAUGGUUGCCAAGGUUUCUUAGUUUUUGUCAUUGAUGCCAGUAGUGUGACAUUGAGACUAAAAGACAUCCCUGUGGUGUGUGAGUUUCCGGAUGUAUCUCCAGAGGAUCUCCCAGGUUUACCCCCAGAUAAGAAGAUUGAAUUUGCUAUUGAUCUUGUUCCUGGCACCAGACCUAUUUCCAAAGCCCCAUACCGUAUGGCUCCUACAGAAUUGAAGGAGUUAAAGGAUGGGAGCAUGAGACUGUGCAUAGAUUAUCGAGAACUGAAUAAGGUGGCUAUGAAGAAUCGAUAUCCCCUUCCUAGAAUUGAUGACUUGUUUGAUCAGCUUAAGGGUGCCCAAGUGUUUUCUAAGAUUGAUCUCCGAUCUGGCUACCAUCAGUUGAAGAUUAAACCUGAUGAUGUGCCAAAAACUGCCUUCCGUACCUGCUAUGGUCACUAUGAAUUCCUAGUUAUGCCUUUUGGCUUAACAAAUCCCCCUGCAAGAUUCAUGGAUUUGAUGAAUCAGGUAUUUAGCAAGUACCUAGAUAAGUUUGUGGUUAUCUUUAUUGACGACAUUUUGAUUUACUUUUCUAGCCAUGCUUUUCAUGAAAAGCACUUAAGGGUAGUUCUCGAGACAUUGAGAAGUGAGAGGCUGUUUGCUAAAUUUAAGAAGUGUGAAUUUUGGCUAGAUAAUGUUGCAUUCUUAGGUCGUGUUGUGACUAAGGAUGGAAUCUCCAUUGACCCCCAGAAGAUUGAGGCCGUGGUGGAUUGGAAAAGGUCGAAUAGUGUUGCGGAAGUCCGUAGUUUUCUGGGAUUGGCUAGUUAUUACCGCCGAUUUGUUAGGAAUUUCUCUAGAAUUGCUCUGCCAAUGACCCAUCUGAUCAGGAAGGACAAAAAAUUUGAGUGGACUCUAGAGCGUGAGAAGAGUUUUUUGACCCUUAAAGAGAAACUGGUCACUGCUCCUGUACUCGCACUUCCCAACAAUGGGAAAGGAUUCACUAUAUAUAGUGACGCCUCUAAAAAGGGUUUGGGAUGUGUCUUGAUGCAGAAAGAUAAGGUUAUUGCAUAUGCUUCAUGCUACCAUCCAGGCAAAGCCAACAAAGUAGCAGAUGCGUUGAGUAGGAAGUCCUUUGGCAUUGCCUCUAGCAUCCUUGCCACCCAGAAGGAGUUACUUGAGGAUCUUGUGAAACUGGAUGUGGAGUUGAGAGUGGACAGUACUAUAGCUUAUCUAGCUGCUCUCAAGGCACAACCGGCAUUAAUUGAUAGAAUUAAAGUUGCCCAACAAAAAGAUCCUUUCUUGCAAAGGAUGAAGGAAAAACUGUGUGUACCAAGAGAUCAUGCUUUAAGGCAUGAGAUUAUGGGAGAUGCCCAUAAUACUAGUUACACAGUUCACCCAGGUAGCACCAAAAUGUAUCGUGACUUGCGUAAUACAUUUUGGUGGCGAAAUAUGAAGAGGGAGAUAGAUAAAUUUGUCUCACAAUGCCUGACUUGCCAGAAAGUCAAGGUUGAACACCAAAGACUUCUUUGGAAGUUGCAACCAUUACCUAUUCCCCAAUGGAAGUGGAAGAAUAUCACCAUGGACUUUGUGAUGGGUUUAUUGCGAACCUUAAAGGGCAAUGAUUCCAUUUGGGUCAUCGUUGAUCGAAUGACCAAGUCAGCACAUUUCUUACCUUACCAGACUAGCACAUCCAUUGAGAAGCUUGCCAAUAUGUACAUGAGUGAGAUAGUCAGGCUGCAUGGAGCACUUGGUACUCAAUUAAAUUUCAGCACGGCCUUCCAUCCUCAAACUGAUGGGCAAUCUGAGAGAACUAUUCAGAUACAUGAGGACAUGUUGAGGGCUUGCGUUCUAGAUUGGAAGGGUUCAUGGGAUCAGCACUUAUCCGUGGCUAAAUUUGCAUAUAAUAAUAGUUACCAGUCCAGCAUCUGCAUGGCACCAUUUGAGGCUUUGUAUGGUCGAAGGUGUAGAUCACUUGUUUGCUGGGAAGAGGUGUCACCCACUCGAGGUGUCCUCAGGUUUGGCAUCCGGGGAAAAUUGAGUCCGAGGUAUAUUGGACCAUAUCCUAUCCUAAAAAGGGUUGGCGAGGUAGCUUACCAAUUGGAGUUGCCUGGAAAUUUAGCGAGUGUUCACGAUGUGUUCCAUGUGUCUUUACUUCGGAAAUAUAUUCCCGACCCAAUCCACAUCAUUGAUCCUGAACCCAUUCAGCUUCGAGAAGAUCUCACUUAUGAUGAGCACCCAAUCCGUAUUUUAGAUUUCAAGGAGAAGGCAAUGCGGAGAAAGACCAUUCAUUUUAUUAAGGUCCUCUGGGAUAAUCAUUCGGUUGAAGAAGCUACUUGGGAGUUGGAAUCCAAGAUGAGGCAGGAACAUCCGCACCUCUUCCAAGAUUGAGCCGCCCCGAUUCUGCUCUUCUUCUUCUCCCCUACACCGAACAAGGAAGCUUAGCCACCGACAGCACCUCUACUUGAAAAAAAAAAAACUGGCAAGAGAGCUUGGUUUUUGCCUUUCUUUUCUUGUUCAAGAACAAGAUUUAGUCUUGGAAAUCUUUCCCCUUUGUAGAAUUUCCAUAUCUGAUCUGCUCUACUCUGUUCCUCACCGUCCGCUGUUCUUGCCAGUGUUUGGGUGUGAAUUCUUCAAAAUUUUGAUCCCUUGAAAUUCUCCUUCAUUCCCGCCGGCCUCCCCCAAUCUAUAGCUCCGAUUUUGCUUGCUAAAUUCUGGAAGUGAAACUCGAGGCACGGUUAACCAAGGGGAGUGACGAGUUAGAUGGCUAGUCAGUAUUUUGGACUUAGAUCCUUUUUGGACUUAGGUCGUUUGCCACACAUGUUUGACAUAGAUGUGAAUUGAGAAAUCAUUUUUUUGUAUAUUGAUUUUCCUUGGUUAUAGCCAUGACUGUUUUAUAAACUUUGUACAUCUAGACUAGCAAAUUUUUGGUAACUAAAAGCUAGUUAUUAACCGAGUUUUCUGAUUUAAGUUAUGUAAAUUGGUAAUUAUGAACACUGUAGGUUUCGAGCCUUGUGCAUUUGUGGGACCCAUUCACAAAUGCACAGCAUCUGUUUCGCUCCUGGUUUUGGGGCAC